AGCUGCGCGCCCCGCGCUCGCGCUCAGACGCCCCGCGACCCACGCGCACGUUCGGCUCUGUGUUGCCCGCCGGAGCGGGCAGGAGCACCAUGGCCUUCCAGGGCAGGAAAAGCGUCCCCCGGACCACGAGUGACCGGCUGCUGAUCAGAGGGGGCAAGAUCGUGAAUGAUGACCAGUCCUUCUACGCCGACGUGUAUGCAGAAGACGGGCUGAUAAAACAAAUCGGAGAACAUCUCAUCGUCCCCGGGGGCGUUAAGACCGUCGAUGCCCACGGCCUUCUGGUGCUUCCCGGAGGGAUUGAUGUCCACACGCGCCUGCACAUGCCCGUCCUGGGCAUGGCCCCGGCUGACGACUUCUGUCAGGGCACCAAAGCGGCCCUUGCCGGAGGCACCACCAUGGUCUUGGACCAUGUGUUCCCCGACGUGGGUGUGAGCCUGCUGGCCGCCUAUGAACAGUGGCGGGAGCAGGCAGACAGCAUGGCCUGCUGUGACUACUCCCUGCAUGUGGACAUCACUCGCUGGCAGGAGAGCGCCAGAGACGAGCUGGAGGCCCUGGUCAGGGACAAGGGUGUGAACUCCUUCCUGGUCUUCAUGGCAUACAAGGACAGGUGCCAGUGCACGGACGGGCAGAUGUAUGAGAUCUUGAGUGUCAUCAGGGACCUGGGUGCCUUGGCACAGGUGCACGCCGAGAACGGGGACAUCGUGGAGGAGGAGCAGAAGCGGCUGCUGGCACUCGGCAUCACCGGCCCGGAGGCCCACGUGCUCAGCCACCCGGAGGAGGUAGAGACUGAGGCCGUGUUCCGGGCCAUCACCAUCGCCAAGCAGGCCAACUGCCCCCUGUACGUCACGAAAGUCAUGGGCAAGGGUGCAGCCGACGUCAUCGCCCAGGCCAAGCGCAGGGGCGUGGUUGUAUUUGGGGAGCCCAUCACUGCCAGUCUGGGCACUGACGGCUCACACUACUGGAGCAAGAACUGGGCCAAGGCCGCGGCUUUUGUCACAUCACCACCCAUCAGCCCAGACCCCACCACUGCAGCCCACCUUGCCUCCCUGCUGUCCAGUGGGGAUCUGCAGGUGACAGGCAGCGCCCACUGCACCUUCACCACGGCCCAGAAGGCCGUAGGCAAGGACAACUUCACCCUGAUCCCCGAGGGCACCAACGGCGUCGAGGAGCGCAUGUCGGUGGUCUGGGAAGCAUGCGUGGCCUCAGGGAAAAUGGACGAGAACGAGUUUGUGGCGGUGACCAGCACAAAUGCCGCCAAGGUCUUCAAUCUGUACCCCCGGAAAGGGCGUGUAGCCGUGGGCUCGGACGCGGACCUGGUCAUCUGGAACCCCAAGGCCACGAGGGUUAUCUCGGCCAAGACCCACAACCUGAACGUGGAGUACAACGUGUUGGAGGGGCUGGAGUGCCGGGGAGCCCCCGUGGUGGUGGUGAGCCAGGGCCGCGUGGUGCUGGAAGACGGGGUCCUGUCCGUCACACCAGGCGCCGGCCGCUUCAUCCCCCGCAAGCCCUUCCCGGACUUUGUCUACAAGAGGAUAAAGGCACGCAACAGGCUAGCGGAGAUCCACGGCAUCCCCCGAGGCCUCUACGAUGGGCCAGUGCAUGAGGGGCCGGUGCCCGCCAAGCUGGGGGGUGGUGCCCAGGCCCGUGUGUCCUGCCCUGGCAAGAUCUCAGUGCCGCCCGUGCGCAACCUGCACCAGUCAGGAUUCAGCCUCUCGGGCUCACAGGCGGACGACCACAUCGCCAGGCGCACAGCGCAGAAGAUCAUGGCACCCCCUGGUGGCCGCUCCAACAUCACCUCCCUCUCCUAGACCUGGGGACCACAUGCCUUCCCAGAGGGCCAGUACCCGCCCCUGCCCCGUCAGUUUGUCCCUCCUAGAACCUUCAAGGUGCUGCUCCCGCCUGCUCCUCCCCCACAGGCGCACCCUUGGGGACCCCCAGUCUGGUCCUGGAGAACAGGGACCAAUUUCACUGCCAGUGCAAGGUGGCUCAGCAGGGGUGGCCCUGGUACCACCAGGUGCUUCGUCAGCUGCAGGGAGGCAGCCGAGGAGUGGAGCUCCGGCUUGGGAGCCCUGCAGGUGCAGGCUGCCUUCCUGCGUUCACCACUGCCGCCCUAGCCGCCCCCGUGCAGGGAGGCGGAAGCCCCGGGCCGCUGCGUGCCCAGGACAGGGCUGUGAAUUCAGGGAUUCCACAGAAACCAAGUUCCCCAGCCUGUGCCCCCUCCGUGAGAAGUCCCUGGGGGUGAGAACACUUGUAGCUUAGUCGGACACACGGUCCCCAGGGUGUUGUGCCCAGGUGAGGCGGGGACAUUAAAGGUGUCUGCUUGGA